GGACGGAUUUUGACUGUUGUUGGCAGACAUUUGCAUGGUAUCAAAAUGCCAAAAUUGUAUUCUACUUUAGAGCACAUGGACGGAGUUUCUAUGAGCACAUAUGUAUCAGAGCUUCAGAAUUGCACGAAGCCAAAUGGUACUGUUGAUUUACACUGUCCUACUCCUAGAUACCCUGGUGAGGGGAAUAUUACAAGAGAAGGUGUAUUCACAAGGUUAGGAUUUCAGGCAGAUGAUGUGCCUUCUGUUAGCGAUUACAACCUUCCUAGUAACGUAGCGUAUCUUCAAUACUUUCCUGAUCCUAAGCUUAAACAUGUUGACGAGAACUCAAUGCACAAGGGGACCCUUCUUAUUAAGGUUGAUGGAGUCGAUCUUGCAGCAAACAAAAGCGACAUCAAAGUAUUGAUUGAUUGUAAGGCAUAUCAUGUACAAAAACUGUGGAAUGGAAUCAUUUUUUUUGAUCCUCCUAGUGACAGACCUAUUUUCUCGAACAGAACAGAACUUCCUUUAAAUAUUAGUGUGCAGAUUGGUUACUUCAGCCAAACUAUAGGAUCAAUUACUUUGGAAAAUAAAAAGUCUGGCUUCACAAAAACCACCAUGCCAGUCAGUGGCGCCACCUCUCAACAAAAAGUAACAACAAAGGUUCCAGACACAACCUCUCAACCAAAUGAAUCCAAUAUCACAAAUACAGUUCUGGUCAUUGGUCUUGUGGUACUGGUCGUAGUAAUUAUACUUUCCGCAGGUAGUCUUCAUGUUUAUCGGAAGUACAGAGCUAUGCGUAAUCAGAUACGUAACAUUGUGGAGUUCAAGACAUUUCAGAAUGAAGAAUCGGACGAGAGAAGAAUUAUUAGAACUACUUCAACAUUAUCAUAUGCGUACGCACGAGACACUUCAGGCGAAUACGAUUACAUUCGUGACGCCGAUGUAGUCAAUACAUACCUUGAGCUAAGCGGAGAAGAUCCAACAUACACAAAAGCAGACGAGUAUGUAGAUCCACAUCCCUAUAGAAAACUCGACAAUGCAAUAGACCAAUCAGAAAUCAAAAACGACAUACCUGUAAAUGACGAUGAUGAAAAUAAAAAGGAGAAAAACAUUCAAUCAGAAGUCAUGGGAACACAAGAUGGAGUCAACGAGCUUGGCUGUGACCUGAAUGGCGGAAACAUAGAUGCGGCAUAUACACCACGAAAUGAAAAAGAAACAUCAGAUGAAUCCAUGUCUUCUGCAAAUAAUGACGGGAAUAUCGAUGAGUGCCCAACGAACAUUGAUGGAGGAUAUAUACAUGCUGUAUGGACCCAGGAAUUCGACAUAGGAAAACGCGAAGGUAAACUCGAAAAUUCCAAUGUGGAGAGCCCACUUGAAACAGUGGCUGCAAAUUUCAAAGGGGCAGCGCUGGAAACGACUCCCAAAGUGAUAGCCCGGGGACAAGAUGAUGGGAAUAUCGAUGAGUGCCCAACGAACAUUGAUGGAGGAUAUAUACAUGCUGUAUGGACCCAGGAAUUCGACACAGGAAAACGCGAAGACAUGGUUGUUGAACAAAAGGAUGUAAUAGAGAACGAAGAAUUUGCACAGGGGACAUGUCAGGAGAACAUUAUUACAACAUGCGGACGGGAUAUUGAGGCAGAGGAACACGGGGGAAAAUUGGAGGAAAAGACAGCCGAAGAGAUCAUUCCAACAAGAGAUUGCAAAUAACCUGUAGACCGAAUGGCAACAGUGAAAUUCAACAACGUAAAGGGUUUAAAGAACUUGAACCAAUCGCACGUCAAUCACAUACUGAUGUUAUGCUAGGUUUUCAUUAUGGAUUUUUAUUUCUUUAAAUGCGUAUUUUAAAAAUUGUACAAAGAUUGGACAUUAUACCAUUGCAUCAUGUAUUAUUCGCAUUUGUCGCUAUUGUGUACAUAGGUAGCUCAUGUACAUUUGUAUAUAAAAAAUAUAAAGCUGUUAUGUAUAUUACAUAUUUACUUAAGGUAUUGGACCCGUAAUGACAAUGAAAUUUCCGUUCGUUUACUUCUCCCCCGUAUGCGAUUUCGGCAUCUUUCGGAGAUAACAGAAACUUAUUUUUCAUAGCAAUUGGAGAAUACCGAAAUUGCAUACGGGGAUUUGUAGACGAAAGAAAAUUGAUUGUCAUUUGGGGGACCAUUUACUUAAUUAGAGAUGGUCAGUCAGAUGUUGGAUAUGAUGUUGAUUUGAAUAAAAAUAUUUAGUAGAAAGCAUGUUUGGAAUUCGCCGAGUGUUUCAGUAGUAAGAAACCUACAAGAAACGAAUUAAAGUUUUAUUUUUCUUUACGUCAGGGCCCAAUUGUUCGAAACUUUAACUGGCUGUUAAACUAAACACCUGUUUAAUGUUGAUUCAAAAUAUAUGGCAUGAUGGGAAUCACUAGUAUGAUGUUGUAGUUUAAUUGUAAAGACAUUUUAGUUUCAUAGUUCUUAAAUUAUAAUAUGUUUUACUAAGUCUUCUUAAAUGUCGAAAUGUAACUAAAAGUCGAUCAACCGUUAGCUUAAUCGCCUGUUAAAGUUUUGAACAACUGGGCCCAGAUAGUUAUCAAAUGUAGAUUAAAUCUAUGAGAAACAUGUUUUGUUAUUUAAAUGAUUUACAAGGAAUGUCGAAAAGAUUAUAAAAACUGAUAAUGCGUUGGAAAAAUAAAAAUGACAUUAUAGCAAAAUUAUAUAGAUCUGCUAUUUAAACCAUCAUGUAAAUGUUUUCAGACAUUCAUGAUAGUGCAUUUUUAUACCCUUUAUUAUUGUGAGAUUAUUGUAGUUUGAAUACUAGUUAUCUAUAUUGUAUAUGUGUUUAAGAUAGCGUUCAGGAUGAUUGAAAACUUAAUUGUAUAUAAAUAUGUGAAACUUGAUAAAUAUUCAAACGUCUUUGAUUCCACUUUCGCUUUUCAAAUUUUGUAUUGUCUCGCUUUAUUUUUCCUUCUAUUGUUUCAAAUAUAUGAGAUAUUGAUAACAGUUCAGUGUAAUUUUCUGAUCACCAUCAAAUCAAUAAUGCUUUCUUGUUUGCAGUACAUUUAAUAUUUCUAAAGUAAUUGAACUCAAAACAAAAACAAAAUUAAGUACUUUUUCAGUAUAAUAAAAUACCUGCAUAAUUCAAACAACUUCUCAGUUUUUUUUAAUCUGAAGUAGUGAGCCCAGUACCAAACAUGCACUUCUUUGGGUAGUUGAUAUACUCGGGGAGUAUUACCUCACAUGGUUUUAAUACAUGCAUCCAAUGAAAACUGUUUUGAGAUGUUAAGUGCUAUCAGGCCUCUUGUUAGAUGUAGAUAGUUAUAAAAUAUAAGACACUAUUGGUAUACUGUACGGUGUUCGCCUACAAUUAUUUUAUAUUAUUAUUGCUCAUGUAUAAUACAAAUUUUGUUGUUUCUUACAUUAUAUCGCAAAUUUCGAGAAUUGAUAAUUGUUUAUUGUUUGAAAUAUGUCUGUUCCAAAUAUUUUCGGAUUCGAGCCGUUUAGGUAGUUUACCACAAUUAGUGGUGGUAAUCUUGGAUAUCGAGUUUCACGAGUUUUAUUUGGCAUAUCCGCAUAAACAUGCCUUUGGCCAUUUACAAAACAAUAUCUCAGAUGGCCAAGACAUGACAUAAAAUACAUACAUACAUACAUACAUAAAAUACAAAUUCAUGCAUGAUGUUAACAGUAUAUAAUGCAAAUACAGUAUAUUGUAUAAUAUACUUAGUGAUUACGUCACAUAAAUGCACAUACAAAACUAAAGUAGUUCACAUUAAAUUGAAUUAAGAAGCAGCAGUAUCAAGUUUUUCUUUACGUAUUUUCAUAGCAUUAAAUACAUACUUGGACACAUUUCUAAUAGUUCUAACAUUUUUUGAUG